AUGAAGGUCCUGGUGUGGAAUUGUCAGGGUUUGGGGAACCCCCUGACAGUUUCCCAGUUGAGGAGGCUUGUUAGUCUUCAUUCCCCUCCUUUAAUUUUUUUUUCUGAAACAAAGAAUACUAGAGAUCGUGUCGAUCAUCUUUGUGUCCUUCUGGGUUCAUACGAGGUUUUUAAGGUUCCGUCUGUGGGUAGGUCUGGGGGUUUGGCCCUUCUGUUUUCAAAAGAGUGGCAGAUAUCUAUAAUCGAUUUUUUCGAAUUUCAGAUUACUUGUAAAGUGGUUGGAGGCAAAGGGGAUCGCCCUUGGUUUUUUACAGGAGUUUACGGUUCUUGUAAGGACAAGGAACGGGCUUUCCAAUGGAGAUAUCUUCAUAGCCUUAUGUACCAGUUAGGCCCUCAAUGGAUCUUGAUGGGUGAUUUUAAUGUCGUUCUCCACAAAGAUGAAAAACGAGGUGGCCGUAUUAAACAAGGGUGGAUGCUUAAGGAAUUUAGAUUUUUUCUGGAAGAUUGCAAAUUGGUGGACCUCUAUUUCAAAGGCUCUCCUUUUACUUGGCGCAAUAACAGGGACUCAGUCCAGGGAUCGGAUCAUAAUGCGAUAUUGCUAUGUCUCAACAAUUCAAUAUCUCACUCAAAAAGGAAUUUUUACUUUGAUGCUCGUUGGGUUAAGGAUGAAGGUUUCAAGCCCGUUAUUGAAAAGACAUGGGACGUUUCUUUCCCAGGUCCACCUCUUCAAGAGCAAGAAUUAGGUCAAGCCUGGAGAGAGGAAGAACUUUACUGGUUGCAGAAGUCCAGAAUUGCUUGGUUGCAUCAUAGGGAUAAAAAUACGAAUUUCCAUCGGAAAACAAAAAUCCGUCGUCGCAAAAAUGAGUUCUUUGGAAUUGAGGAUCACCGUGGUCAGUGGCAGGAUUCAAAGGAUGAUAUACGCCGGGUUGCCAAAGAUUACUUUCAAAAUCUUUUUACGGCUCUUCCAUCACAAGAUGAUUUUUUGUUUUGGGAGUUGGUUCAGUCCAAGGUUUCCUCGGAAAUGAAUCGCGAGCUUUUGCAGGAAGGUACUGCAGAAGAACUUUUUUCAGCUUUGGAUUGCAUGGGCCCUUUUAAGUCUCCUGGUCCAGACGGUUUUACACCGCUCUUUUUCCAAUCAAACUGGGCAAUUCUCAAGGGGGCUCUUGUCCAAGCUUUUAAUUCUUUUCUCCAAGGGCAUCCUUUUCCUGCGGAGCUUAAUUCUACUUUGCUGGUUUUUAUCCCCAAAGUUCCCCACCCCACUUCCAUGCAAAAUUUCCGGCCGAUAGCAUUAUGUAAUGUGUCCUACAAGAUUUUCUCAAAAGCUUUAGCAAACAGACUCGAGCCUUUUCUUCCUUGCCUUAUUAAUGAUGCGCAGAGUGCUUUCGUUCCCAACCGAUUGAUUCACGACAAUAUUUUUUUGGCACAUGAUCUGAUGCAUGUCCUUAAGUCCAAAAAAUACGGCGACUCUCAUUUAAUGGCCCUUAAACUUGACAUGGCAAAAGCUUAUGACAGAGUCAGUUGGUCAUUUCUUCGUCAGUUUAUGCUUUGGUUGGGUUUUGAUCAGCAAUGA